AUGUCAUACUCGCAGGGCAGUACAGGGUCCAACGGAAUGGCCUACAAUAUGUUGAAUGCUCCGAUGAAUGCCUCGCAAUCCCUCUCGUCCACCCCUCGCGCAACACCGCCUUACCCCAACGGCCUCCCACGAACAUCGAGCUUUGGAGGAUAUGGAGGGUCAAAUGACUAUGGGUCGGUAUCACAUCAGGAAGGAAACAAACCACAAAUUUAUCGAGCCGUUUACUCCGAGAUCGCUGUUUAUGAGAUGGAAGUGAAUGGCGUUGCUGUUAUGAAACGCAGAUCUGACUCUUGGCUCAACGCUACGCAAAUCUUGAAAGUGGCCGGUGUUGCUAAAGCCCGACGAACAAAAACGCUCGAGAAAGAAAUUGCAUCCGGUGAACACGAGAAGGUCCAGGGCGGUUACGGAAAAUACCAAGGAACCUGGGUCAAUUACCAGCGGGGUGUGGAUCUCUGUCGAGAGUACCACGUUGAAGACGCACUUCGGCCGUUGCUGGAGUACGAUAUUAACCCUGACGGCUCCGGAUCUUUCGCCGAAGGAGCCAUUGACACACCCACCAAAGAACAAGCCAUGGCCGCCCAGCGCAAGCGCCUCUACAACGGCGGGGAGAACAGGAGCUCGUCGCAGCUGCAGCAGGGCACUUUCUUCCAAAACAUUUCGCGCACCGCUGCCACCGCCGUGAAUGCUCUCAGCAAAGCGCGCUUCGACUCACCUAGCUCCAACAGUCGCCGUCCCAGCAUGAUCCGCAAACCCUCACAACAAAACAGUAGCCAAGAAUCCGGCCACCCCUUUAGCAGCCAGCAGAGCAUGUACAGCAUGUCCGACAGUGGAUUUGGCAGUUUGCAGAACCGACUCCAAACCCACGAUGAUCAUGAAGAUCCCGCAGAACCUCCACGCAAGCGCAUGCGCUCUACUUCACACCACGGCCCACCCAUCGGCCUAAACCGCGAACCCUCUAACCUCUCCAUGCACGAGCCGACCCCGACUGAACCUAAUGACUCUUUCUACCAAGACAUGGACAUCCUACCUCCCCCUCUUGACGAUGGCUCCAAGCGCGGUGUCGAGUCUUUGGCACCUGCUUCUACCCCCGAACGAUUCCAGAAGAUGAAAUUGAUCAUGACACUCUUUCUCGAUAAGCGGACGAAAGAUUUCGCCAACCACCCUGCUCUGGUACAGCUGACAGGGGACGAUCUUGAGAUCCCUCUGGAUGAGUACCGCAACAAUGCGCUUCACUGGGCUGCGAUGCUUGCACGCAUGCCGCUUUUGAAUGCGCUGGUAGCUAAAGGUGUGAGCAUCUCGCGCGUCAAUGGUGCCGGAGAAACAGCUCUUCAGAAGUCUGUCGGCACCCGCAACAAUCUUGACUAUCGAAGCUUCCCUCGCUUACUGCAGGUCCUUGCUCCAACGAUUGAUAUGGUCGAUUACAGUGGACGGACGAUUCUGCAUCACAUCGCCAUGAUGGCUGCGACUGGUGGCGGUGGUCAUGUCUCUGCAAAGCAUUAUCUGGAGGCUCUUCUCGAAUUUAUCGUGCGACACGGUGGCAUUGUUUCCACUACCAAUGGAGACCACGCGACAAACGGCACAUCGAAUGGUGACGUUAUCUCGCUUGGCCGAUUCAUCUCAGAAAUUGUGAAUCUGCGCGACGAUCAAGGCGACACAGCUCUAAACCUAGCUGGACGCGCACGCUCGGUCCUCGUCCCACAACUAUUGGAAGUGGGCGCCGAUCCUCACAUCCCCAACCACACCGGUCUUCGACCUGCCGAUUACGGUGUUGGCGUUGAUAUGGUUGACGGGAACUCCCAAUCCCAGCAAACUGUCAACCGCAACGACACUUUUAUUGAUCAGCUUGCGAAGACGAAGAAGGAGAUUCUCGAGGCGGCAAUGUCUCAAAUCAGCGCAAUGGUUGAAGAAACAUUAGGCGGAAUCGACAGAGAGUUGGCGUCAACGUUGACACAGAAGCAGGAAAGCUUUGACCAUUGGCAUACCAAGAUCCGGGAGUCUGCUAAGGCCCGACAGAUCGAGCAGAAACAAUAUGAUGACCUCAGACGGAAAGGAUCUGAGCGAGUGGAGCUUGAUCGGCGUAUCAAGAAUCUAGAGCGAUCUUCCGAGGGCUUGUUGGCUAUAGUGAAGAACACGCCAGGACUCGACGCGACUCAAACAGUCGUAGUGGGUGAUGCCGAUCGAGAUUCUGGCGUGGACGUCCCUACAUUCGAAACCCUGUUCCCCGAGAAUUUCGACCCAGCAGCCGGAUUCUCAGAACAGCAAACUGCCUUCCUGGCUACGCUACCAGCAACAGACGAACUCACCCGACAGGCCCAAUGCUACAAGGAAUUCAACGCAGGGAUCCUUGCCGAAGUGGAUGGCUUGAAAGCUAAGAACGCAGUUCUCGGCCAGAACUACCGUCGCAUGGUGAUGGCAUGCACGGGCUGGACCGCUGAGAAAGUUGACGAAGCUGCCGAGGGCCUGACACAGUGCGUGAAGGAGCUGAAUGAUAACCCCGUUCCUGAAGAUGAGGCUAUUGAGAUCUUGAUGCGUGAUCGUGGGCAGGAUUGGUAG